UUGCUAGCGACAACGACAGAAUAACGAAGAUACACUCAUCAAUCCAAUCCAAACCAAAACUUAAAUAUAUGUUAUUUGUUCUUUCUAUCUAUUCUACUUUCACCUACUCUAUAAUUUUCUCAUGAUCAUAAUCUUCAAUUCACAAUUCAAUCUAAACGAAACCCUAAUUCUCUUCCCGAUUUCCAACUUUCAAUUGCCAUGGCUUCUUUAAUCCGUAAGUCAAUAAUCAAUCGAACAAUAUUCAAGCUAUCCUCCAUUGCUACCUCUCAAUCCAAUUCACUUCGCAUUAAUACUCCUUUUAUUAACUCCUUGACGAGCAUUUCACCUCAUUCUGCUUCCUUUUCUUCUUCUUCUUCUUCUUCUUCUUCUUCUUCUUCUUCUUCAUCGUUUAAUGUCAAUGGAAGUGGUGCUUCUUAUAUGAGGGGAGUGAUGUUUACAGAAGUAAAUCAGCCUCUCGUUAUUGAAGAUUUUCACAUGCCUCGUCCUAAAGCUAAUGAAAUUCUCGUUAAAAACAAAGCGUGUGGAGUAUGCCACUCCGAUCUACAUGUGAUAAAAGGUGAAAUCCCAUUUAGCAGCCCUUGUGUUUUGGGCCAUGAGAUCACGGGUGAAGUUGUAGAACAUGGCCCUCUUACUGAUAAAAAAAUCAUCCAAAGAUUUCCUAUUGGGUCACAUGUUGUUGGAGCUUUUAUUAUGCCUUGCGGUAACUGUUCCUUUUGUGCGAAGGGGCAUGAUGAUCUCUGUGAAGAUUUCUUUGCUUAUAACCGGGCAAAAGGGACUUUGUACGACGGUGAAACACGAUUAUUCCUUAGAAGCAAUGGGAAACCAGUGUACAUGUACAGCAUGGGAGGCCUUGCAGAAUUUUGCGUAAUGCCAGCUCAUGGAUUAACUGUACUGCCAGACUCGUUGCCAUUUACAGAGUCCGCAAUUUUAGGAUGUGCUGUUUUUACAGCUUAUGGAGCUAUGGUUCAUGCCGCUGAAGUGCGUGGUGGGGACACCAUUGCUGUGAUUGGUAUUGGAGGUGUUGGCACUAGCUGUUUGCAGAUAGCACGUGCUUUUGGUGCUUCUGCUGUUAUUGCUGUGGACAUUAGUGAUGAAAAGCUUGAGAAAGCUAAGGCUACUGGUGCUACUCACGCAGUGAAUGCUCUUAAAGAAGAUGCAGUUGAAAAAAUUAAAGAAAUAACUGGAGGAGUUGGUGUUGAUAUUGCCGUUGAGGCACUGGGAAAACCCCAAACAUUCCAGCAGUGCAUACAAAGUGUUCGUGAUGGAGGCAAAGCUGUCAUGAUUGGUCUUGCAGAUUCCAGUGCUAGAGGGGAGGUUGAUAUAAAUCGUCUUGUUCGUAGAAAGGUGAAGAUUAUUGGUUCGUAUGGAGCGAGAGCUAGACAGGACCUUCCCAAGAUAGUUAAGCUGGCCGAGACAGGUGCCUUCAGUCUCAACUCAGCAGUUUCAAGAAUUUACAACUUUGAAGAAGCAGAUAGUGCGUACCAAGAUCUCGGGCUGGGAAGCAUCAUCGGCCGUGCUGUAGUUAACAUUGCUUGACAGGUACUCAGGCCUCGGGGUGGAUGAUAUACUUGUAUCUGAAAAAUAAAAAUAAGAUGUAUGUGAAGCUAAUUAGAUGAAUGCUGAAUGUAUUAAUAUGUUUGUGCAAUAUGUAACAAGUUCUAUGAAAUCUUCUAGUUAAAUUCCGAUUCCCUGCUGGUUUAGUAUAGCUGCCGGAACAGGCGCAGGCCGCAGCGAGCCUGAUUCACUGUACUUUUAUAUGUCUUGAUAUGAUCGUUGAAUCCCUUGGAACAUUUACAUGGCCAUACGCCUAACAAGUAUAACCUGUAUGGAAAAUGUUAUAUGUAUGACAAGAGUUUCUUGUAUGCUAAGUUUAGCAUAAAAGCAUAUUAUUAGUUACCA